AAAUGAAAUCAGUUUUAAAUCGUGUGCUGAGCGGAUCGUUCGCCUUCGGAUUGUUAUUGAGUGAAGCAAUCAAAAAAUCUUGAGAGAAUGUACCAGCGGCAGGUCUCGUUUGAUAAGCCAACGCGCGUUGAGGAUUCGGCUUAUAUAGUCGAAGGUGUGGAUAUUCAGGAGGCCAGAAACACCUGUCUUCUGUUCUCGCCCAAGGAUUCAUCGCUUUCGAGCGGAGCUUUGGCUAAUAUUUUGUCCAUUUUCAAGAAGCAUGAUAUCAACCUUGUGCACAUUGAGUCGCGAUCCUCGUUGCGUGUCCCUGGCUACGAAUUUUUCGUGGAGGCCGAUGGAAAGUCUGGCGCCUUGGGAAGAGCAAUCGAUGAUGUGAAGAAGCAGUGCAGCUACUUCAACAUCAUUUCGCGUGACUACAAGGAUAAUGCCACGGCAGUGCCCUGGUUCCCUCGGCGUAUACGCGAUCUGGAUCGCUUUGCCAAUCAGAUUCUGAGCUAUGGCUCCGAACUGGACUCCGAUCAUCCUGGCUUUACCGAUCCGGAGUACCGCAAGCGUCGCAAGUACUUUGCCGAUAUUGCCUACAACUACAAGCAUGGUGAGCCGCUGCCCCAUGUUGACUAUACCAAGGAGGAGAUCGAGACCUGGGGCAUUAUCUUCAGGAAUCUCACGAAGCUAUACAAGACCCACGCCUGUCGGGAGUACAAUCACGUCUUUCCAUUGCUGGUGGACAACUGUGGCUUCCGGGAAGAUAACAUUCCCCAGCUGGAGGAUGUCUCGAAUUUUUUGAGAGAUUGCACUGGUUUCACUUUGCGCCCCGUGGCUGGACUACUUAGCUCUCGCGAUUUUCUGGCUGGCUUGGCCUUCCGUGUCUUCCACUCCACCCAGUAUAUCCGGCAUCCCAGCAAACCCAUGUACACCCCGGAGCCGGAUGUCUGCCACGAGCUGAUGGGCCACGUUCCACUCUUUGCAGAUCCAGCUUUCGCUCAGUUCAGUCAGGAGAUUGGAUUGGCUUCCUUGGGAGCACCCGAUGAUUACAUCGAGAAACUGUCCACUAUCUUCUGGUUCACUGUCGAGUAUGGAUUGUGUCGCCAGGAGGGCGAACUGAAGGCCUACGGGGCUGGUCUUUUGUCCUCCUAUGGAGAACUGGAAUAUUGUCUAACGGAUAAGCCACAGCUGAAGGACUUUGAACCGGAGGUCACUGGCAUCACUAAGUAUCCAAUUACGCAGUUCCAGCCCUUGUACUACGUGUCUGAUAGUUUUGAAACUGCCAAGGAGAAGACCAUUAAAUUUGCCAACUCGAUUCCGCGUCCAUUUGGUGUCCGCUACAAUGCUUAUACCCAGAGUGUUGAGGUUCUUGAUUCAAAGCCUCAGAUUUCGAAUCUGAUGAACAACAUUAACUCCGAGUUCCAGAUUCUCCAGAAUGCCAUUGUCAAGCUUCGUGUCUGAAUCAUGUCCUAAUACAUUUUAUUUUCCCCUUUCUUUAUAUAUUAUUAAGAACGCAUCGAAAAAUAAAUAUCAAGAAAUUUAGUCGUA